AUACUGCUAUAUUGCAGGUUCUGUCCGUCGGUGUUCAUCUACCUAGUCCUGGUGGUACCAGCAAUAUGGUUGCUGGAGUUGCACAAGGUCGAUCUUCGGUUGCAGAAGAAGGCAAACAUAACAUACAUCGAGACAGAGAUCCCAAUUCCUGGUGCCACCAAAAUCCCCACAGACAUGUGGGUGACGUUGAUAGAGCAGUUCCUUAUGCUGACCCUCAUCGUGGGUCGGUGGCUGCUGCCCAAAGGAGAUCUUACGAGGGACCAACUCAGCCAACUGCUGCUGGUAUAUAUUGGUACAGCAGCGGAUAUAAUCGAAUUCUUCGAUUCAUUCAAAGAUGAGAAGGUGGCUACAGAAAAGGUCCUGGUCCUCCUCACACUGGCCAUCUGGUCAUGGUCGCUGGUCCAGUUCACGGUCGUUUUGACAGCGACCAAAUCGAGGAAGUCCCGUGGCACGGCAAAUAGGUCUGACAUGAACUCCAGCCGCGCGUGUUGUUGCUCCAUCGAAGUCUGCGCAAUAAUGAUGAACAUCGUCCUUCAAGACGCACCAUUUUUGGCAUUUCGACUUCUCAUCAUCGCGCAUUACAAGAUUAUCAACUAUAUGAAUAUAUUCUUCACAUGUAAAAAUACAUUGGUUAUAUUACUGCAAAUAUAUAGACUAUAUGUGCUGCAUUUGGAGAAGACUGAGGAUACAAACGGGGACUCGGUUUAUAGAAAGAGGAAGAAGCCCAAGACGAGUGAGAAGAAGGAGAGACGCAGAGAGAGGAAACAAAAGGAAAAGAGUCACCGAAGUAAAAAUAUGACAGAAGAAACCACUAUAGCUGUCAUAAGUGAUAGAAAACAGGACAGAAUUGACGGAGGCCGGAUUAGGGCCAUAAUAUUGACAAAUUCAGAUGAAAUCAAAGAGUUGGAAUUGACUAAACUGUUUAAGGAUCAAGUGACAGUUGAAAAUGAGAAGAAGAAAGGAACAAAGAAGAAGCAGAAAACCCAAUCCUCCGAAGAGUCUCUGAACAACAUUCAACACACAACAGACGAUUCGGGUAUUUGACAUCACCGGGUCAGGCGGGAAAGUCCCCGGCGUAGUCCCAAAAGGAGUCCUAGGAAGAGAGAUAGACAAGAGAAACGAGAUCGCAAAGAGAAAAAGAAGAAAAGAAGGGACUCUAGCGAAGACUCUGAUUCGUCAAGCUGAGCGAAAAAAUUAUAUAAAUAUGCGAUCUCCUUUUUAAUGACAAUUGUCAUUUUGACUUUAACGUGACGCCGUCACCGUCAAGUGAAUUGUCACAAUUUUUGGCGGGAAGUACGGUUCCUAUAUCUUAUAAUUUACAAUAAUUAAUAAUUUAAGAUAAAGCGAAAGUAUAGGUCGACCAUUUAUACUUUUAUAAUUAAGUUGGGACCAGAGCAUAUUAUGUAUCUAAAUGUAGUCUUAACGUCUUCAUUUGUUUCGGGUCGCCUUUCGGCAAAAUAUCA